GUAUGUAUUUCUCUGCCACUCUUUCUACCUAUUUUAUAAACAUGAUUUAAGAGUUAAGACUCACAGGAUAUCUAGAGACUAAAGGCUUAUGCUAUGGACUACCAAACUAUGCUUCUACUCAUUACCUUUGUGAGUGCAACCAUUAUCAUCUUCAUCCAUAGAUUAUUCAACCAUACUCCAGAAUCUACAAAGCUUCCACCGGGGCCACGUCCAUUUCCUAUCAUAGGAAACAUCUUGAAACUUGGCACAAAUCCUCACAAGGAUGUCACCAAACUCUGUAGAAUUUAUGGACCUGUUAUGACUUUGAAACUAGGCAGAAUAACCACUAUAGUCAUCUCAUCUCCUCAAGUAGCCAAACGAGUAUUGCAUGAAAAUGGCCAAAUUUUUUCUAGUAGGACAAUCCCACAUUCAGUCCAUGCACUUGACCAUCACAAAUAUUCUCCUGUGUUUUUGCCCCCAUCACCACAAUGGAGGAACCUUAGGCGAGUUUGUGCCACAAAAAUAUUCUCUCCACAAUUGCUUGACUCCACUCAAAUCCUUCGCCAACAAAAGGUUAAUGAAUUAUUGGAUUUUGUGAAAGAAAAAUGCAAGAAAGGUGAGGUUGUGGAUAUUGGUGAGGCUAUCUUUACAACAAUCCUUAACUCCAUUUCAACCACUUUCUUCUCUAUGGAUUUGUGGAAUUCUACAUCUGAAAAGCCUCAAGAGUUCAUUAACCUUAUAAGGGGCAUGAUGGAAGAAGCUGGAAGGCCUAAUGUUGCAGACUUCUUCCCCAUUCUUCGCCCAAUUGACCCUCAACGAGUUUUCACAAGGAUGAGCAAUUACUUUAAGAAGAUGCUUAAGAUUAUUGAUGGAAUUAUUGAAGAAAGAACGAGUUCAAGAGUUUUAGAAACUGAUUCCAAGGUGUACAAGGAUGUGUUGGAUUCACUUCUUAACAACAUUGAAGAAACUGGUUCUCGAUUGAGUCGCAAUGAGAUGUUACACUUAUUUCUGGAUGUAUUUGUUGCUGGAGUUGACACAACAUCAAGUACAGUGGAAUGGAUUAUGGCAGAGCUACUACGCAACCCAGAUAAAUUGGCAAAAGCAAGAAAAGAGUUAUCUGAAGCAAUUGGCAAAGAUGUAACAGUUGAAGAAUCACACACCUUAAAGUUGCCAUUCCUACGAGCAGUGGUGAAGGAAACUCUUCGCUUGCACCCACCAGCUCCAUUUUUAGUACCCCGCAAGUGUGAUGAAAUGGUAAGCAUAUGUGGCUUCAAUGUGCCUAAAAAUGCACAAGUGUUGGUCAAUGUGUGGGCUAUGGGAAGAGAUCCAACUAUUUGGGAAGAUCCAGAAGUGUUUAUGCCUGAAAGAUUUUUGGAUCGUGAGAUAGAUUAUAAAGGUCAUGAUUUUGAACUCAUACCCUUUGGGACAGGCAAAAGGAUAUGCCCCGGAUUACCAUUAGCUCACAGGUCAAUGCAUUUAAUGGUGGCAUCCCUUGUACAUAACUUUGAAUGGAAGCUGGCUGAUGGGUUAAUCCCAGAAAACAUGAACAUGAAUGAGCUAUAUGGGAUAACCUUAAAGAUGGCUCAACCACUUCGAGUUCAAGCUAUUUCAACCAAGCUCUAUUAAUUAUUAUAUGUUAUUGCUCCUGAAUUUAUCUGGAUAUAGUAUGAGGAGAGAAAUAUGAGUACAUUUCUCACAAGUCACUACUAUUACUUGAUAAUGGAUGGGGUCAAUAUUAUUUCUUACA